AGUCUAUUUUUGGAGUCCGAGCGGCUGUGAUGAGAAAAAUAUCACUUGGAUAGUUUUACGAAGUUGACAAGCGCCGGACUGCAGGGUUGAGGCCGUUCAGAUGUGUACACCAAAAUGCAUCUCUGUUUAACCCGAUAGCGUUUAAACGCUAACUAGGAUACGACAGUAUUUCCUUAUUUUGUGUGUUAGUGGCUAAACGGACAAGCCCUACCACAGUGGCUAGUUGGCGUCCUCAUUGGAUCUACAUGGCUUUAUCGUUAAUGUACUGAAUUCAUGAAGUUUUUCCGUGCCUGGAAGAAGACUCGAGAUGCCAGGAAGACUGUGGAGCAAGGCAAUCUUUGCUGGGUACAAGCGUGGCCUGAGGAACCAGCGGGAGCACACUGCCCUGCUCAAGGUGGAGGGAGUUUACACAAGGGAGGAGGUUGACUUCUACUUGGGCAAGCGCUGUGCUUAUGUCUACAAGGCUAAGAAGAACACAGUGACACCUGGUGGCAAGCCCAACAAGACGCGGGUAAUCUGGGGCAAAGUCAUGCGUGCUCACGGCAACAGUGGAAUGGUGCGGGCCAAGUUCAGCAGUAACCUCCCCGCAAAGGCCAUGGGACACAGAGUCAGAGUGAUGCUGUACCCGUCUCGUGUGUAAUUUACUGUUUUUGUGUACAUACAAUAAACAACUCGGUUCCACAA